AUGGUGCAUACUGCAUACGAUUCGAUCGAACUGCUCAAUGAUUGUCCUAAGAAGAUCAAUGCCGUCGUACACUACGGCUCCACCCUUCUUGUUGCUUGCUGCGACGGAUCUCUACGAAUCUACGCUUCAGAAUCCGGCAACCGAGAUCCGUCCUCUGAUCGCCUCUCUCAAACCCUGGAACUUAAGAAGGAGCUGUACGUGCUUGAACGAACCAUCAAUGGAUUUUCCAAGAAGCAAUUGUUGGCAAUGGAGGUGUUGGCAUCAAAAGAGCUUCUGCUUUCUCUAUCUGAGUCGAUUGCGUUUCAUAGGAUACCCAAUUUUGACGCACCAGCGGUGAUUUCGAAGGCGAAAGGAGCCAAUGUCUAUUCGUGGGAUGAUCGCAGAGGGUUCUUGUGCUUUGCUAGGCAAAAGAAAGUCUGCAUUUUCAGACAUGAUGGAGUACGGGGAUUUGUGGAGGUGAAAGAAUUUGGUGUUCCAGAUACAGUCAAGUCAAUGUCUUGGUGUGGGGAAAAUAUAUGUCUGGGAAUUAAAAGAGAAUACGCCAUAUUGAAUGCCACAAAUGGUGCACUGUCGGAGAUCUUCCCAUCGGGGAGGACUGCUCCACCAUUAGUGGUGUCUCUUCCAUCUGGAGAACUUCUUUUGGGGAAGGAUAAUAUUGGCGUGCUUGUGGACCAAAAUGGCAAACUCCUUCCAGAAGGCAGAAUUUGUUGGUCUGAGGCCCCUGCAGCAGUUGUCAUUCGGCAGCCGUACGCUAUCGCGCUUUUACCGAAACACAUCGAGAUCCGAUCUCUGCGAGUCCCUUACCCGUUGAUACAAACUAUUGUUCUACGCAAUGUACGCAGUAUUCAACAAGGAAGUAAUGCCAUAAUCGUUGCCCUAGAAAAAUCUAUAUAUGGAUUGUUUCCUGUUCCUCUCGGUGCACAGAUUGUACAUCUGACAGCAUCUGGAAACUUCGAAGAAGCCUUGGUAUUAUGUAAGUUGCUUCCACCAGAAGAUUCAAGCCUACGAGCCUCCAAGGAGCAGUCAAUUCAUAUUAGAUAUGCACACUAUCUCUUCGAGAAUGGAAGCUAUGAGGAGGCCAUGGAGCACUUUGUGGCUUCUCAAGUAGAAAUAACUCAUGUGCUAUCUCUAUAUCCAUCUAUUGUUCUUCCUAAGUCGUUUCCGGCUGCUGAACCAGAAAAAAGUGUUGAUAUAGAUAGGGAGCCAUAUUUAUCAAGAGCCUCGUCCUGUGCAUCCGAGGAUAUGGACUCUUCUCCAACUGGUCUGCUACUGGAAUCUGAUGGAAGUUCAGCUGUCGACUCCAAGAAAAUGAGCCACAAUACUUUAAUGGCUCUGAUCAAGUUCUUGCAGCAGAAAAGAUCCAACAUAGUUGGAAAGGCAGCUGCCGAGAGCACAGAGGAGGUUGUUUCAGAUGCUGUCGGACAUACCUUUGUUUCUCAAGAAAGCAGCCGAUCGAAGAAGUCAAGCAAGGGACGACUUAACAUCCCUAUUGACUCGGGUGCUAGAGACAUGGCAGCAAUAUUGGACACUUCACUUCUGCAGGCUUUACUUCUGACCGGCCAGACUGCUGGUGCUUUAGAUUUACUGAAAGGUUUCAACUAUUGUGAUGUGAAAAUAUGUGAGGAGAUCUUGCAGAAAGGAAAUCACGAUGCUUGUUUGUUAGAGCUUUACAAAUGCAACUCAAUGCACCGUGAAGCUCUCAUACUUCUUCAUCAAUUAGUGGAGAAUGCCAAAUCGGAUGAACCAAAAAUCGUACUCCCCCAGAAGUUCAAGCCUGAGAUGAUAAUUGAUUAUCUCAAACCUCUCUGCGGGAGUGACCCUAUGCUUGUACUGGAAUACUCAACGCUUGUUCUUGAGAGUUGUCCAACACAAACUAUUGACCUCUUUCUAUCGGGAAAUAUUCCUGCAGACUUGGUUAAUUCUUACCUAAAACAGCACGCUCCAAGCUUGCAGGCCUCAUAUUUGGAGUUGAUGCUCUCAAUGAAUGAAAAUGGGAUCUCCCAGAAUCUGCAGAACGAAAUGGUGCAAAUUUAUCUUUCAGAAGUGCUUGAUUGGUAUGCUGAUCUCACUGCUCAAAAGAAGUGGGAUGAAAAAACUUACACCCCAACUAGGAAAAAACUCAUAUCUGCAUUAGAGGGUAUUUCCGAAUAUAAUCCAGACAUUAUGUUGAAGCGAAUCCCAGCUGAUGCUUUGUAUGAAGAGCGAGCAAUCUUGUUGGGGAAAAUGAACCAGCAUGAACUUGCAUUAUCCAUAUACGUUCAUAAGCUUCAUCUUCCUGAACGGGCACUAUCCUAUUGUGAUCGGGUGUACAACACAGGACUUCAUCAACAGUAUGGAAAAGCUCAGGGCAAUAUAUAUCUAAUUUUACUGCAAAUCUAUUUGAAUCCUCGGAAAACAACCAAAACAUUUGAAAAGAAAAUUACUAAUUUAGCAUCUUCAUCGAGUAGUAGCAAUUCCAAGUCUGGUUGGUCAACACUUAAAACUAAAGGAAGAGGCUUGGGUAAGAAAGUCGCACAAAUUGAGGGUGCAGAGGGUACCAGAAUCAACACAAGUAUUCCUGAUAGCGGGAAAAGUGAUUUUGAAACGGAUGAUCCUGUUGAGGAAGGAAGUUCCACGAUCAUGCUUGAUGAGGUCCUCGAUGUACUGAUCCAGAGGUGGGACCGGGUCCAUGGAGCAAAAGCCUUGAGACUCUUGCCUAGAGAGAUCAAGCUACAGAACUUGCUCCCAUUUCUUGGACCUCUUCUCAGAAAAACCAGUGAAGCAUGUCGAAACUUUUCAGUGAUCAAGAGCCUGAGACAAUGUGAGAGCCUCCAGGUUAAGAACGAGCUGUAUAUCCAAAGAAAAGCAGAACUGAAGAUCACAUCCGAUAGCGUAUGCUCGCUUUGCAAUAAAAAGAUCGGAACCAGCGUUUUUGCAGUGUAUCCGAACGGAAACACCAUCGUCCACUUUGUUUGCUUCCGAGACGUCCAGAAUUCAAAAGCCACCAGAAAAGGAUCGUUCCUAAGGAGACGAUAAACACAUUAAGUUCACUUUCGAUAUGAGAUCUGUUGUUCUCUUUCUUCCCUAAAUAAGAGCCUCAACAAUGGUGGAUUUUUUUAUUGAAACUUUCUCCAAAAAUGAGACCCACAAGCAAAAAAGAACAGAUUAU